AUGGAUGCCAGCGGAAGUGAGUAUGAACAACCCUCACUGCCUUCAAGCAUGCGGAAGAGAAAGCGCUCAGUCGAGCAUGAAUCCUUGCGGGCGAGGAAGAAGCGCAAGCCAGCCCUCGAUGACCUCCGCAAGAUGCUGGUUACCUACCAUGGCCUACAGCAAAUGCAACGGGAGUUGAACGGACAGCUCGCCCUGUGCAAACACCAAAUUGCCAAACACAAAUUUGGCAGUGUCUCGGGAAAGCCUCGCUGUCGUCGCGGCCGCAGCCGCGGCCGUCCAUACGUUUUCCUACGCGUACGGUCUCCACUGCAUGAAGUAGUCAGGGUAGAGGAAGAUCUACCCACAUUCUGGGAGCGCGUGGGAGAAUGGUUGUGGGGAUGGUGGUGA